CGAUAUGGGUCGCAGGUCAUAGGACUUGCGCAGCGCUCACACUAAUUGUAUCCGAUUGAUGUGGAUAGUCACUGGUCACUGCUGGAGCCCCACUACGUUUCCUGAUCCGAGAUUGCCCCAUGGCGAUUCAAAUCAUUUUUGCUGACCUCCAAUGCAAUCAUGGUCCGCAAUAUAAGCGUCGAAUGGUUCUCAGGCAUAUAGACGCGUGUCCAUCCUUUCCUGCAUGGCACCUCCUACAGGAACUACCGGAACUCAACUCGGACGAAGGCAAUGGGCCUUUGCGUUCGCUCUUGUGACGUCCUUGUUUUUUACUUGGGGCUUUGCCUAUGGUCUUCUUGAUGUACUCAACGCACACUUCCAGACCGUAUUUGGGAUCUCAAAGCUUCAGAGCACGCUCUUACAAUUAGCAUACUUUGGUGCCUAUUUCGUGUGGGCACCAUUCGCGGGUGUAUUUAUGAGACGAGUAGGAUACAAGAAAGGCAUUCAUAUCGGCCUUGGCUUGUACUCCAUUGGUGCCGUAUUCUUCUGGCCAUCCGCGAAAUACGAAACAUAUGGGGGGUUCGUCGGGAGUACAUUCGUAAUUGGUUGCGGCCUCUCAACACUCGAGGUCGCGGCCAACUCCUACAUAUCUGUGCUUGGCACGCCUCAGUAUGCUGCCGCCCGUUUGAACUUUAGUCAAGGGUUCCAAGGCGUCGCAUCCUUUGCUGGACCUUUGAUCGCUUCACGCUGGUUUUUUACUGGUGCCAAUGCGACCAGUCUUGGCACUGUGCAAUGGGUCUAUCUUGCAGUUGCUGGCCUCGGCAUAGUACUUAAUAUACUAUUUUUCUUCUGCAGCCUACCUGAAAUCACAGAAGAUGCUUUGGCUGAAGAGAUAGAUGAGGUUGGUAUCACAGAUGGCCAAGGACCUUUCUGGAAGCAAUAUCGCUGUAUCUUUGGGUUUGUUGCCCAGACCGCCUACGUCGGUGCACAAGUAACCAUCGCCUCUUUCGCCGUCAACUUCCUCGUUGAGCAAGGAGUUGGUAUCGACCAGUCAAAGGCUAGCCAGCUCUUCUCGUUCUGCCAGGUCACGUUCACCGUAGGACGAUUUCUUGGUGUAUUGAUGCUCAAUUUUAUCGACCCUGCCUUAUUGCUAGCCUUCUAUCAAGAUAUGACCCUUACACGUACUUAGCCUUUUCAUUUUACAUACACGAACACUCCUCCUACCAUGCGUCAUACACGUUUCCUAUUGACUCUCCGUCC